UGCUUUGGGUUACCUGUGGUGAGCCCACGGUAGUUUAAACACGAGCUCAAAAUGGCCGACAAAUCCCCCUCUACUCGUGCUAAAAAAAGAAAGGUUAGUAAGAAAUCUAAAAAAAGCUGGCGUAAAUUCACCGACAUUAAAGAUGUGGAAGAGCAUUUUGAAGAGGCACGUAGGGAUGAAAGGACAGGCGGUCCUGCCUCGGAAAAGCCGGAUGCCAGUCUGUUUUUUGUUGACACAAAGUCAAAAGAGCCCGAAACAGAUGGAACACAAAACAAACGGUCUAGAAAAAGAAAACUUCUAAAAUGUGACCAACUUCUUCUACCUGAUACAAGACUCAAGCCAAUAGGUAGCAAGAAGAGAAAAGUUAAACAGAGCUCAAAGAAAAAGACGUUAUUGGUGAAUGAUUCCUCAUCAGAUGAAGAUGAGCCACCACCAAAGCCCCUUGUUAAAGAAAAGAGUAAAAAACCAAGAGCAAAAAACAAAGAGGUGUUUGAUCUCUGGGGAAAAGAAGAUACUCCAAAAGAUGUGAAUGAACACUACUUAAAAGUCACAGGAAAGAUGAAAGUCAAGAUGCCUAAAAGUGCUAGAAGGAAGGUGACAGAGCUGACAGCAGUUGAAGUCUGUCAUCCUGGAGCUUCAUAUAAUCCGACCUUUGAAGACCAUCAGGAGCUUCUAUUAAAUGCUAAUGAGAUUGAAGUGAAGAAACAAAAGGAGAAUGAGAAGCUGGAGAGACAAGUCAGGUUUUUGACCAAAGACGAGGCCGCUGCUUUGCCAACUUGGGAAGAAGAGAUGGGAGAAGGGUUAUUUGAUGAUAAAAGUGAUGAUGACAAAGUUGAUGAUGAUGAUGAUGAUGAUGAAGAUAAUGAAGAGGAAGUGAUGAAUGGACCCAUUUUGCGCAGUAAACAAAAGACAUCUCAGCAGAAAAGAAAAGAACUUGAAGAAAAACAAAAGCAAAAGGAGCUUGAGGCAGAAAAAGAACAGAAAUUAAAGGAAAACGAUAUAUUCAGGAUUAAAACAAUCAAAAAAGAAAUUGCAUCUGCUGAAAAUAAAAUGGCAAAGAGGAGACGAAAAAAGGAAGAGGAAAAAAAGACUUCACUUCAGAAAACAAGGAAACUAGGGCGGCAUACAUAUGUCAAUCCAAAUGUCGAGAUUCAGCUAAGUGAUGAAAUAUCUGGCAACCUACGUAAAUUGAAGCAAGAAGGAAAUCUUAUGACAGAUCGUUUUAGAAGUCUUCAGAAGAGAAACAUUAUUGAGCCACGAGUCCCUGUUCUACCUCAUCGAAAAUAUGCCUUGAAGGAGUACGAGAAGAGGUCCCACAGAAAGCCGUGCAUCAAUGAGAUCUGGGAAGAAAAUGCUAAAAAGAAGAAUACAAGAUGAAAACUUCUGAAUGAUUAAACAGUCCAAGUCAAGCUUUUUAUGAGCCUUUUUAUCAUGCUGAUUUGACAGCACCAUUCAGUCGUAUGCGACGUACCUACGACAUGUCUUAGUCCUUGAUUACAUAAUACAACUUUUGUAGUCGUGCAUCGUAGCGGAGUUAUACUGGUUUACGCUCUACGCCUCAAAAGAGCUGUCUAGAGGAAGUCGCAUACGACUAAAUCGUGCUGUCUAAAUCAGCUUUUAUGCUGUGUACAGCGUGGUAUGGAUGUGAGGGGUCUUUCAAAUGCCAGGUGCUUCAAGUGUUAGAAAGAAUUCUUAUACCUACCUUCAUAAGUUAAAGAGCCAUUAUUGUCCGUCUCACCUUUGUCAUUGUUUCAUUCGACAACGGAAGUAAAAUUAUGUAAAAAUUUUUGAAACGACCAUCUCAAAACAAAGUUGUAUACUUCAUUUACCAAAUUCAACUUUUUGAACUGACAACUAGGCAACUAGUUAUUAUAUAUUAAAAAUUGAAGCAACUGUUAUUUUUCUAGUAAUAAGUUCUCAUCCCUUUUCACUAUUUAAGAUUUUUCAACGUUAUCAUAAUAACGUUUACAUGUUUUAAAAGGAUGUUGUAUAUUUUAAAUAUACAUAAAAGUUUCUGUGGCUUUCGAUGGUGGUAAUUUGUAAUUCGAUGGCUUAUUGGUUUUAUGGGUUUUUCGUUGAUAGAUAAUUCUUCAAUCAUUAUAUUUUUUUAAACCGAAUGAACAUGUACCCAUCAGGGUAGAGUAUGAACUUCCUUUUUAAAAAUGUGCUUUUACUAUACAUCCAUUUUACAAAAUAUACCCUCUUCGAAAAUAAAUGUAAUAGGGUUGUAGUGUUGUAAGGCUCAUCCUUGGGGAACUCAGGGCAACGGUCCCACUUCCGGUCUCCGUGUCGCCCUGGGUCCCCGAGGAUAAACAAAGAUUAAACUGAAACUAAACUGAAGGCUAGACCCGAAUCCCUUAUGUGAGGUGAAUAUACUUAAACCGCGUGCAAACAGCAAUAGCAUUGCGGCGCUAGGACUGUUAUUACACUUUGUUGUGAGGGGUACUGUGAACGAGCUCGCCAACAUUUACUUUAGACUCGAAAGAAAUCCCAAGCUUGCCCAAGCGCGCCUAGGCCAAGCAGCCUUUUUUGCUGUAACUCGGUCAAUGCCCACGUUUCAGAUAACGUACUUGGAACACAUAACCUAUAUUUCUAUAAUAGCUGUGACUACAGUCAAAGAAUCUAAAGGGAUUUGAAGUUGGAUAUUUUAUUUCAAAACUGUCGCUCGUUAUCUUUCACAUGUGCAGCAAAGAAGCUCUGCGUAGAGAAGGGUACAAAACUGCAAGUUUGCUGAACCAGACAGAAAUUUACACUGAAAUGAAUCUGUCUCUCUAACAGUCAAAGAAUCUAAAGUGAUUUGAAGUUGGAUAUUUUAUUUUAAAACUGUCGCUCGUUAUCUUUCCUUCACAUGUGCAGCAAAGAAGCUCUGCGUAGAGAAGGGUACAAAACUGCAAGUUUGCUGAACCAGACAGAAAUUUACACUGAAAUGAAUCUGUCUCGCUAGUGUUAUGCAUGCGCGAGAUUGAGAUUCCCACAAAAACAACCGCCCGACUUAUCAUAGGCCAACAAACGUACAAAAAGAGUUACACGACGGCUCCGCUAAGUGUUCAUAAAGUCAUAAUUCAGUUGGCUUUUAACUUGUUUCCCAGCCGGUGAAAUUAACCGGCAGCGCACAACCCUGAAAGCGAUCCAACUAUAAUUACUAUAUGUAACCGCCGCCUGGUAAACGAGUCACUUGACACCAAACGGCGAGUUUCCCCCCUACCCAAUUGCUGGAGGAGCGAAAACAAGGCAAACACGACCAGCCCAGGUAGGAAUACCUGGUCUAUUUAACACUAACAAGACAACGUUACUUUGAAGUAAACUAUCCUAAAGCCCGUGGUCAGAACCCUACCCAUAAGCCACCGCGCUGCUUCGAUCAAACCGACAUACACCUCGCGCCUCGCGGUAGGGAAUGUGACUCGCGAAGCAGCAGUCUGUACGUACGAGAAAACGGCCAAUGAAUUGUCUUGCUCAUUGAUUUGCUGAAAUAAUCUACAGCUGAAUCUGUUCAAUUCUUGCGUGGAUGGACGGUGCUGCGGGGCUGAUUAUGGAAGGCCAACUGUCAGGACGUGAUCGCAGAGAAAAUCCGCUGGACUGCUUGGCUUUUUUAACUCGUGAAGUACCCUUGGACGCCAGAAGUGCUUGGAUGCGAACGAGGAUGAACGUAAACGAGAAAACGAUAGCAGAGGCUGAUAUAGUGUGCACGCCGUGAAGAGAUGACUAACUACAACCCCAACAGUGGCGAAACAUGACCCUGCAGCUAGUAAUGUGAGUGGUCUGGUAUAAAAUUAACUAUUUUGAAACUACCAUCAAAACAUACAACAAGGUCUGGUUAAACUUGCGUUUGCAGAAUCAGAGAAAUCGUUGUCUAUAACAUUGAAAAAAAUUAUUUUCCUCUCCUUAUUUUCUUCGGAAAAAUUCCGCCAGAUACUCAGGUUAGAUAUUCAAAUGUCUUGCCCAGGCCGUUCAUUGCGUGUGUUAAUUUCUCAUUGGUAUCGUUUUUCGAAGCGAAGAUCUACUAGUAAUAUCAAAGGUGCUGGAUGUCAUAGAAGCUUUAAUACUGCGGACAUCAUAAGUAGUAGCUAUCAAAUGUUUAGACAGACCAGGCGCCGUAUAUUCGAGAAAUUUGUCUGUGAGAGCACAAAUAAUGCUUGGGAUUGUUUGCGGCACUUCCGCGAGUUGUUGAUUGAGUGAGCUUAUCAAAUAAUGGCAUUUGUGUUCAAGCAGCUGUUAGUCUAUUUAGACGAAAAAGCCUGUAGUAAAUUGAUGAUGUGAAUAUCCUGUAGUAAUGUGUGGAUCUGCAGUCAUAUACAUAAAUCGUAAAUCUCCUGAGCUGUGAACUAUCUUUGCUUUUUAAGUCAUUUAGCAUGGAGUUACCUUUGCAGGGAUUUGUCGUUACUAAAAUUAUUUCCCUUGCAUAUAACACCAGCGUAGUUUUGCUUUGCAUAAAUGCUGUUUAUAAUUUGAUUUAUAAUUUUAAUUUAGAUGUUAACAGUGCGGGACAUUACCAUUUUUGAUUAUAUUUGAUAAACAAUCUGAUUAACCAAUCAAAGAUGAGUAUUACUAUGCCCAGUCUCAUGUGGACACGCCUCAACUCAGAGUAGGAAAACAAAAUGGCGGUUUUGUCGAAUGGGGAAAAUUAUACUGAACGCUGCUUUUUAACUAUCUGCUAGCAGUGAUUUCUUCUUUUCUGUUUAAGCAGGGAUUUCACUGACUCAGUUUGUCAGAUACAGUAUAUCUUAUUUGUGUUGUUUCUCAUUGGCAAGAGACCUCAUUUGCAGGGUUAUUUUUUAUAGACUUCACUGAAUCGUACUGUGAUAAACGCGGAAGUGUAAGCAACUGCUAACAAUGUAUAACAUUGAUCACCAAUUAUUUAGUUGUACGCCUCUUUGAGUCAAACAAAUGCACAGAAUAUCUCUGGAUCUAUCUUGCUUUCACAAUCGGAAUGAAGACACUCCAAGAAAAAUUUUAGCUGGGAUAUUGAAACUAAAAUGAAUCUUAUACAGAAUGGCAGCGAGUCUCAU